AUAUGUAUAUAUUAUAUGUUUCACAUUACAUAUAUUACGGCAAGUGUCUAAGAGAUAUAUCGCUAUACAUAAAUCUACGGUAAUUGCCAAUAGAUUUUUAAUGCAAACAUAUAAUAUAGUUCCCAAUUCGCCAGUAAAGCAAAGCGUAAUGUUUAAUUUGUAAAACUGCGUGAAUAGAUUCGUUACUUAGUUGAAGAGAGCAGAAACGGGGCGAUUUGGGUAAAGUAAAAACGCAGCAGGAAGGCGUGUUGAAACCUAAAUUGCGAAGGACGCUUGUCUCUUUAGGGCUGCCAUACUUUGAGCUAGUAAGCGCCGUGCUGUGCGUAGCUACGGAAAAUGCCGCUUCAAACUGUUAAGUUCAUGCAAAGGUGAUUUGAAAUUACACUGUUAAAAACGAUCAAGUCCGCUUUUAGUCAAAGACUUAAUGGCAUUUUUCAUAACUAUCGAGAGAAUAAAAGGUCAGUGCACGAGGGACACUGGGAACAUUGUGUGAACGAGGGGAAAUACAACUUGAGCAACUUUACUUUUUGGCACGUCAAGACCUUUUUCAUUUUGCCUGGAUGCCGGACCAAGUGCAGCGAUACAGCUGGAUGUUUAAAAUUCUUUAGCUUGAGGAAAACAGUCAGGGUGAUACUGAAAUAUAAUGUAUCAGGAACAGACCCAAGAUGUCCAGACACUCGCAUGACCUUUUUCGUUUAGUUAAGAUUGGGCUUAGCAGACUGUACACAGCAGACUGAAAGAGAUGUAAAAAGUCAGUUUGAUUACGUAUAGAUAUAAUACAGUUUGCAGCAUUUUUGGUAUGAGAGAGCAGUGAGCAAGAGAAAGUGAAAUAUUCCAGCGGUAGUUGCUGAUCACGAAGAUUAAUAGGAGAGAGUUUGGCCCUGGGACUGAAAAUGGACGCCAGUAGAGGGUGCCAGGUGGACGGUGGCCCCCGGUCAGGGGACAUGGGCAGCCUGGUCGGGCCGACGCUGCUGUGGCUGCAGGACGUGGCGGCCGUGAUGUUCCUGCGGGCCCGACGCACGUUCCUGCAAGCCGCCAUCCUGCUCUGCGUGCUGUUCCUCCUCUUAUGGGUGGCCAUAUUUCUCUAUGGCAGCUUCUACUACUCCUACAUGCCCACUGCCAGCUUCAGCACCCCAGUACACUAUUUUUACAGGACAGACUGUGUAUCUUCCCGUUCCGUGCUCUGCUCCUUCCCCACGGCCAAUGUCUCCUUGCUGAAGAACGGGCGAGACCAAAUAAUGGUGUAUGGGCAGCCGUAUAGAAUCUCUUUGGAGAUGGAGAUGCCAGAGUCUCCAGUCAAUCAGGACCUGGGUAUGUUCAUGAUCAAGAUGAGCUGCUACACUAAUGAGGGACAGAUCAUCUCCACCAUCUCCCGCUCUGCCAUGCUGCAUUACCGCUCCAGCCUGCUGCAGACUCUCGGUACCCUGCUGUUCUCCCCGCUGCUGCUGUCCGGAAUGUCGGAGCAGAAGCAGCUCAUCGAAGUGGAGCUGUACCCCGCGUACAGUGAGAAUUCGUACCUGCCCACCACAGGCGCAGUGAUUGAGAUUCAGUCUCGGAGAGUACAGAUCUAUUCAGCUCAGCUCCGGAUCCACGCUCACUUCACGGGCAUCAGGUAUCUGCUCUUCAACUUCCCGCUGACGUCUGCGGUGCUGGGCGUGGCGAGCAACUUCAUCUUCCUGAGUGUCCUUGUGCUCUUCAGCUACCUGCAGUUCAUAUGGGGUGGGGUUUGGCCCCCAGAACUAGUCCGAGUCAGGGUCACGAUGACUGAUAGGACUCGCCGCCUGCAGAGACGUGAUGAGGCCCAGAGACGAGUGAUCAACAGCGAUAAAGUGGUGGAGGGGAGUGACCCGGCCAAUGGGCCGCCUCCUGAGACACCUGCAGAUUCCCCGAGGAAAGGCGAUCUUGAGUCUGAAUCGCCUGAGACCAUCGGUUCCCUGAACAGAGGUACCGGUUUACCAGAUGAUUCCGGGGUGUUAGACUUCUCCUCAGAAGACGCACCUAUUCUGUUUGAAGCCCCUGAGAUUGUAGAGGCCACUGUGAGUGAAGAGGAGCCUGACCCAGAGAUACAGGACGAUCCCCCAGAGAUACAGGACGAUCCCCCAGAGAUACAGGAAGGUGCCUCAGAGCCGUCUGACCCGGCCACCAUCCUCCGCCAGCGCCAGGGGGCCUGCAGGAGUUCCUAAAGGGGACAGGAAUUUAGGGUGUCCUCAGCAGCAGUCUCUCUCUCUCACACACACACACACACACACUCUCUCUCAAUGGUGCAUUUCCAUUCCCAUCCACUUAAACCCAGUCAGACGAACCUUGGACAUGUGUGAUGACCUAGGCUCAUAAUUAAUGAGACUUUAUGCUUUGGACCUAAUUAUUUUCAUCUGGCGGUAACAUUAAAUGGAAUGUGCUUUGAAGGAAAAACAUACACAUCCAUGUGACCCUUCUUUGUAUGGCUGCCACCCAUCCCUGAUAAUACGGGAUCAUACCGUAUAUAUCGGGGGACAUCAGUUUAUUUUACGAUGUGAGUCGAGCUUGUAUUAGGGACCGGCAGCAAUCCUCCUCCUUUGUGUUUAAUUACGGCACUUUAAGCAGAUGUGUUGUACAGAAAAAGUUUUCUAUUUUGAUAUUUUUAAAUAAGGAAACGAUGUGUGUAGGUAAUUCUGAUGUAAUACGUUCUUGUAGUUAAGAGGAGGCCUUAGUUACAUAUUCUGUAUAAGAACAGUCGAAAUCUGGCUGGGAAUAAUGGCUAGUCAGAGUGUUGAUUUCUUUCUGUCCAAUCAAAGCUAAUAAAUAAAGACCUCAGCUGCAACAAAAGCCAGCAUGCACAGGGGGCCAUCAAGACCAAGACUGGUGUCUAAAAAGCAUCUGUUAAAUACAAUAGCCUUUCACCCUGGGCAAUGAGAGACAUAGUUGUAAAGAAUGCAGACUUGCCUCCGGAAGGUUAUGGGUCUUGGAUGACGGAUGGAUCCUGCUGUAGUAGUCUUGAUCAGUGUCCAUCACUCAACUUGCUCUGUUUAAAUUUCUAGCUGCCAAAAUGGGUCAAACGAUAAGUAUGUUUUGACGAUAUCUUCAAGCCCUGUUGACUUUGUAGAGUUUAACAGUGACAUUAAUAACUCACAUUGUCAUUUUCCUGUGUUUAGCGCGUGUGCCGAUUCCCUCUCAGGCGCCCAUGGCACAUUCUUGAAUACACUGUAACCAUUUUUGUACAAAGCUAUUUAAUAUCCGUUCUCUGUAACUCGUGGCUUUGUCAGUGAAAGCUAUGACCUGUCCUGUUUCCUGUCCAAUUAAGUCAACUGCCUUGGAUUUGGGGAAAAAAUGGUGAAGUGUAAAGGUAUCAGAUUUUGGGUCACAAUGAAACGGUGCAUGGAUUCCAUGUUAUGUGGACAUAUGAAUGGGUAAUUUGAAACUGACAAUCCACCAAAGACUUACUGAAUGUUUUGUUUGCAAGAAAGCUUCCUCAGUAGAAAACUCUGAAGAAUGAAUUUGUAUGACAAGAAUUUUUGUAUUCUUAUACAGGAUUAACUUUGAUGGGGUGCUUAUUUUUCACAUCAUGAAAGUUAGUGUUAAAAUUGUAACAGAUUAUAUGAGAAAUAAAAUUGAUUUUUGGCAUUCA